AUGGACGCUGAUCAAGUCGCCCAUUUUAUGGAACUGGAAGAUAAAUUGUCUAAAAUUAGAAAGCAAUUAUCUUCUAAACUAGACAAUCAAAAACAUAUCGCUAUUAUAUUAACUUCUGUGGAGGAAAAUAUCGAAGGUUACGCCACUAAUGAUCUAACCAAAAAUAUUGUUCAAUACAUUAUUGCAUUUAUGACUCUUUUAGAUCAGGCUAUGGAUCAAAAGAAUCAUUCAGUUAUCAAUUUACAAUUGGCUACUUCUGCUACCUAUCUUUUGGAUAUUGUUUUCCACUAUACUCCAAAAUCUCUAUUGAGAUCAAAAUUCAUUGAGGUCCUAACAAAGAUUGCGCCAUGUAUCACUGACCCAAAUAGUGAACCUCUUUUGAUUAGAUCCGCCAUUGGUGCUUUGGAAGCCUUGUUAAUGGCUCAGGAUUCUCAGACAUGGAACAACACUAAUAACUUAUCUAUUACUCCAAAGAGAGGUUUACAAGGUUUAUUAGAAUUGUCCUUGGAUCCAAGACCAAAGAUUAGAAAAAGAGCUCAGGAUGCUGUAUCGCAAAUCCUAUUGAAUCCACCUGUGGCUCCUACUGCAGAGCAUGUUGCUUCAACAUUCAUCGCUGAUUUUAUUUUGAAACAACUGAUGGCAACAAUCGAUGAAUAUAAUUCUUUAUCUAACAAAAAAUUGAAAAAUGAUUCCGUUAAACAAGAAAUGAAUGGUAGAAUCAUCAGAAUAACUAAAUUGAUUAACACUGUUGUCUCCACAGGUCAAUGGCCGUCACAUUUAAUUGAACCUUUAUGUGACUAUUUAUUAGAUAUCAUUAAAUCCUCAGAGCAAAUCCUUGUCACUAGUGCAUUUCAAUGUUUCGAGAGUUUAUUUAAUUCCAUGGCGCAGUUAUCUACAUCAACAAAACUGGCAGAAAAUAAAUACAUUAAUGUUCUCGACACAAUUUUCGCUUUGAAACCAUCCAACUCAGAUGCCCAAUUGACUGGUUCUUGGAUCGCUGUGGUAGUUAAAGGUGUUACCACAUAUUCAAUUCACCAACCUUUAAAGUGUUUACAAAAAUUACCAGAAAUAUUUAAGAUUAUGUCCAUAUAUUUACAGAGUGAAACUCCUGAAAUCUCUUUCAGUGCAUCCCAAUGUUUAAUUGCAAUUUUAAAUCAAGCUGUUAAAGACGAUAUUUUAUUGACUCAAAAUGUGGAUUUGAAAAUUGUAGAAUCCGUUAGUGACAUCAUUGGUCAAUUAUCUGAUAUCUUUGUGGAAUUCUUAUCUAUUAGAUACACUCAUUCAGCUAAAGAAAUUCUAAAUAUUAUCUCUAUAGCAUUUCAAAAAUUUAAAUAUAGAUCAAAUCCUCACUUAAUUAAACCUUUACAGAUUGUUGAUAAAUGGAGAAUUAAUGAAGAAAAUUAUUUAGAUUAUCAAAAAGAAGUAGAGCAAGUUAUUGGAUCAUCUAUCACUGCAAUGGGACCAGAUGUCGUCCUACAUUAUUUACCUUUAAAUUUGAUUAACCCAUCUAAUGAUCAACCUGGUAGAGCUUGGUUAUUGCCAAUCUUGAGAGAUCACAUCAAAUAUGCAAAGUUAUCCACUUUCAUUAAUGACAUGAUUCCAAUUGUAACCCAUUUCCAAAAUUGUUUUGAUAAAUUACCAAAAGAAUCCGUUCGAUUAAGAGUCUUUCAAACAGUAGUAGACCAAACUUGGUCCUUGUUACCACAUUUUGCAGAGUUACCAAGAGAUUUAAGAGAGUCAUUUACUGAUGAAUUUGCACAAGAGUUAUGUUCUUUAUUAUACAGCACACCUGAAUUAAGAACUACCAUUUGUAAUGCUCUAAAAAUGUUAGUAGAAAGUAAUCUGCUAUAUAUAGAUGGUGCUCUUUCUGAGGAUGUUAUAUUACAAGAACAAUUCCCUGUGGAAGAAGCCAAAAAGAAUAUUGAAUAUUUGGCUACAAAAGCUUCUAAUCUUCUAGCUGUUUUCUUCAACAUUUACACUCAAACAUCUCCAAACUCAAGAGGCUAUAUUUUGGAGACUAUUGAAUUUUAUUUGAAGAUUACUAGUUCAGAAGAUAUUGAGAAGACUUUUAACAAUGUCUGUACUUUAUUAAAAGAUUCUAUGGACAAAGGUGCUGCUAAUUUUAGUAAUAACAAUAGUACAAAUAACAAGAAUAAAUCUGUUCCACAAUUGACCUCUACAUUAUUAGAUAUUCUUAUCACAAUGGUAAAGUAUUUACCAACAUCAUCAUACUUUGCUUUAUUUUCUAUAUUCAAUGCUACUAUUCAAUUACCAAACAAUUUAAUCCAAAAAAGAUCUUACAGAAUUAUUAGUAAAUUAUCUGAACUGCCAAGUGGGUCAGAUGCUGUCUCUGCUCAUAUCGCUGCUAUUGAAGAUACUAUAAUUAACAAUUCACAUACUGUACAAGCAGCUUCUCGUGCUUCUCGUUUAGAGGCUAUAAAAACUGUGAUAAACUUAUUACCAAGUGAUCACUUAAAUUUUAUUGUGAAAGUUGCUAGUGAAGUUAUUUUAGCUACUAAGGAUGUGAAUGAAAAAACUAGAGAUGUUGCAUUUGCUACUUUAAUUACCAUGGGCCACAAGAUGCAGAAUGAGACCGGUGUUGGCAUUAUCAAGAUUGAUGAAGAAACACAUUCAGCCAGCAUCUCUGAAUUUUUUAAGAUUGUUUCUGUUGGUUUGAUUGGUGAAUCACAACAUAUGGUUAGUAGUACUAUCACUGCCUAUUCUUGUUUGAUGUUUGAAUUCAAAGAUAUUUUACCAGCUGAUAUCAUUAUGGAUAUUUAUGAUACAAUUGAGUUGUAUCUAACAUCUAAUUCCAGAGAAAUUGCCAAGAGUGCAAUUGGAUUUGCCAAGGUGUGUGUUCUUGGCUUACCAGAAGAGAUGAUGAGAAAUAAAGUACCUGAAUUAUUGCCAAAACUUUUACGUUGGUCUAAUGAACAUACUGGUCAUUUUAAACAAAAGGUUAGACAUAUUAUUGAGAGAUUGAUUAGAAGGUUUGGCUACGAGUUUAUUGAUCAGCAUUUCCCUGAAAACGACAGAAAAUUAUUAACCAAUAUUAGAAAGACCAACAAUAGAUUGAGACGUAAGGAGGAUAACACUAAGGAUGGUGUUAUACCGGCUGCAAACUCUAGUCGUCAAUUCUUGUCUGCAUAUGAUGAAGCUAUAUAUGAUUCUGAUGGUGAAUUGAAGGAAGCAUCUGAUGAAGAAGAGGUUAUAUCAAGUAAGAAAUCUUCUAAACGCUAUAUUAUUGAAAAAUCUGGUGAUAACCCAUUAGAUUUAUUAGAUGCAGAAACAUUGGCACAUAUUUCUUCCACUCAACCAAGAAAACUAAAGAAGGAUUCGAAGAAGAGACUUGCUGAUGAUGUUUUUAGUUUCGAUGCUGAAGGUAAAUUAAUCCUAAAUAAUAAAGAAAAGGAGCAAAAUGCGGAUGAUGAUGACCCAUUAAAGGAAAUUUCAAGUGGUAUUAAUGCUUAUCUAGAAGCCGUUAAACAAGGGCCUGUUAGAGGUCAAAGAAACAGAUUAAAAUUCAAAAAAGGUGCUAGGAAAGAAGAGGAUAACGAUUUUAGUGAUGAUGAGAAGUUACCGAAGGUGAAUAAGCCAGUUAUAAAAAAUAAGAUUGGAAAGAAUUAUAAGAAAACAAAUAAAUAUAAGUCCAAGAGAAAAUUAUAA